GAGAAGAUGACAUUUCCUGAACAGGUCCGUAAAGAAUCUCACCUAUCAGCAGACCUUAAGAUGGGAGUACCAGACGGUCCCGUGGCAGUUAAGAAUGUGGCAGAGGAUGCGAAGGAAUUGGGUGAAGAUUUGAGAGCGGAUGGAGUUUAUACCAAAGUGUCACUUGAUCGUUCACCACAGGCUACUGAAACCGAAGAACUACUCACCCUUCGGCAAAAUGAGGAAGAGGGGGGGAUUGUAGGGAAUUCGAGCGACGAAGUUACUCAAGGUGCGUCUAAUAUUGUACACAAUGACCUCAAAGACGUAAAGUUUGCGAGGGUGAAGCGAAGUGAACUAGAACUGUCCGAAACGACAAAAGGCGUAAAACCCAGCAACCAUCCUCUGGACGGAGCGCUGAUGGGAGACGGAAAGAGCGCUGGUAUCGCGCUGGACGGGCUCAGAAUGAGGUCCGAAUUUAACUGGAACAGGGAUGAUGACCGAGCGAUAAGCCCCAGGAAAGAGGAGCCCAAACUAAUCAGCACCACUUUCGCCUUGUCUGGGGAUUCCGCUCACAACCAGGCGAUGGUGCACUGGUCUGGACACAACAGCAGCGUGAUCCUGAUCUUGACAAAGCUUUAUGACUUUAACUUGGGUAGUGUCACUGAAAGCUCUUUGUGGAGGUCGACAGACUAUGGCACUACUUACGAGAAACUCAAUGACAAAAUCGGAAGGACAGUGAUGAGUUACCUGUAUGUCUGCCCGACAAAUAAGAGAAAGAUAAUGGUGCUGAGUGACCCAGAGCUUGAGAGCAGUGUUCUAAUCAGCUCAGAUGAAGGCGCGAACUAUCAGAAAUUCCGUAUGAAUUUCUACAUUCUCAGUCUACUGUUUCAUCCCACACAUGAGGACUGGAUUUUGGCUUAUAGCCAUGACCAAAAGUUAUAUAGCUCAAUGGAUUUUGGAAGAAAAUGGCAGCUUGUCCAUGAGCAUGUGUCUCCAAACAGGUUUUACUGGUCUGUCAUGGGCCUCGAUAAGGAAUCAGAUCUGGUGCACAUCGAGGCGCGUACUACUGACGGACGAGCUCACUAUGUCACAUGCAAGGUGCAGGAGUGCACAGAAUCCAGUAGAAACUAUCCAUUCCCAGGACACAUUGAUGCAAGCUCCUUGGUAGUCCAGGAUGACUACGUCUUCAUUCAGGUUACCACAGCAGGAAGGGCAAGUUACUAUGUGUCCUAUCAGAGAGAGGGAUUUUUGCGCAUCAAACUACCAAAAUACUCUCUUCCCAAAGACAUGCACAUCAUCAGCACGGAUGAGAAGCAGGUAUUUGCGGCUGUGCAAGAAUGGAACCAAAAUGACACAUAUAACCUCUAUAUAUCAGACACGCGGGGAGUCUAUUUCACUCUGGCCUUGGAGAAUGUGAAAACCAGCAGAGGACUGGAGGGAAACAUAAUGAUUGACCUGUACGAGGUAGCGGGGAUAAAAGGCAUGUUCGUUGCGAACAGAAAGGUUGAUAGCCAAGUGAAGACCUAUAUAACCUACAACAAAGGGAGGGACUGGCGCCUGAUACAAGCUCCUGCCACAGACCUUGCAGGAAAUGACAUUCACUGCAUUUUGCCAUUCUGUUCACUGCACCUGCAUUUGCAAAUGUCAGAAAAUCCGUACAGUUCCGGAAGCAUCUCCAGCAAGAGUUCUGCACCUGGAAUAAUCGUGGCUACAGGCAAUAUCGGAGCCGAGCUCUCAUACAACAACGUUGGGAUGUACGUGUCCUCAGACGCUGGGAACACCUGGAGACAGAUUUUUGAGGAAGAGCACAGCAUUUGGUUUUUGGACAAAGGUGGGGCUCUCCUGGCUGUGGUACAGGCAACAGUACCUGUCAGACACUUAUGGAUCAGUUUUGAUGAGGGGAAACACUGGGAAAGGCACAGCUUCUCUCUGGUUCCUCUGUUCGUGGACGGAGUUCUCGUGGAGCCCGGGACAGAAAACCACAUCAUCACGUUGUUUGGGCAUUUCAGUCAUCGAUCUGAAUGGCAACUCAUAAAAAUAGAGUACAAGUCCAUCUUUACCAGGAGAUGCACUGAAGGAGACUAUCAGACAUGGCACUUGCACAAUCAGGGUGAACCUUGUGUAAUGGGAGUGAAACAGGUUUACAUGAAACGUCGACCAGGGAACAGGUGCAUGCUGGGAAAGGACUAUUCCAGAAUCCUUUCGGCUGAGCCCUGUAUCUGCAAAAACUAUGAUUUUGAAUGCGACUACGGGUACGAACGGAGACGGAAUGGAGACUGCUUUCCUGCUUUUUGGUUUAACCCCAGCGUUGUGGCACACAGCUGCAGCCACGGCCAGAGCUACCUCAACAGCACGGGAUACCGGAAAAUAGUGUCCAAUAACUGCACUAAGGGAGUGAAGGACAUGUACACACCCAGGAAGCAGAGCUGCCCCCAUCGGGCUCCCCGUGGCCUACAGCUGGUCACGAGUGACGGAAAGCUGACGGCUUCGCUGGCCAGCAAUGUCACAUUCCUUGUGCAUCUUGAAGACGGUGACUCGAUGAGAACCAAUAUCCAGCUGGAUUUUGGGGACGGCACUGCUGUUUCAUACUCCAACCUGAGCUGGGCAGUUGAUGGAAUCACCCAUGUUUACAAAUCUGCUGGGAUAUUCCGAGUGACCGCGCAUGCUGUGAACAGCCUGGGCUUUGACACUGCUACCUUGUACUUACACAUUACAUGUCCUGUGGAGCGUGUCCAUCUUUCAGCUCCGUUUGUUGCCAUAAAAAACAAGGAGGUGAACCUCACCGCUGUCGUCUGGCCCAGCCACUCCAGAACAGCGGCCUUUUUCUGGUGGUUUGGGAACAGCACCGAGCCCAUAAUAACCUUGGAGGGAAGCAUUCCGUACACUUUCCUUAAAGAGGGAAUGAACGUUGUUACCGUUCAGGUGUCUUCUGGGAAUGGCAUACUACAAGAUACAAAGAAGAUAGCCAUCCAAGAAUUCUUCAAAUCGCUGCUAUUAUCCUUUUCUCCGAAUUUGGAUGACAACAACCCCGACAUCCCUGAAUGGAGACAGGAUGUUGCAGAUGUGAUCAAGAAGGCUCUGCUGCAAGUGUGUGAAGUUCCCGAGGAGCAGCUUCUGGUGGCAGUGUUUCCUGGGAUACCAACAGCUGCGGAGCUCUUCCUGCUCCCACAGAAGAACCAAUCAGAAGACAGGAAAAAAGGGGAGGAGGAUCUGCUGCACAUCUCAGAGAUACUGGUCAACGCGCUGAGUCAGAACCUGGUAGAGUUUGAGCUGAAACCUGGGGCUCGAGUGAUUGUUUACAUCACACAGUUAACCUUGGCUCCCCUUGUUGACUCCAGCACAAGACACAGCAGCUCCGCCAUGCUGAUGCUUCUCUCUGUCGUGGUUCUGGGUUUAGCAGUUUUCUUAAUUUACAAGUUCAAAAGAAAAAUCCCAUGGAUCAACUUUUAUGCAGAGGUUAACCAUGAAAAAGAGCAAGAAAUGAUUGGCUCUGUCAGCAAAAAUGAGAGCAUUCCUAAAAUGCCGCUUGGUGAGUUCUCAGCUCCCAAGGAAGCAAUGGAAAAGGAGUUGGAGGCAAGGAUUAAAGCAGGAGGUUUUGGGAAAGUUCGUGGAGUGGAGAGCACAAGGCCAAUUCCAAACUGCACGAGUGUGUAAAACCAAUCAAACAAAACACACAGCAACGUG